AGCAGCGAAGGGUGACGGCGACAGUUUCGGUCCGUAGGCUCUUCUCCGCCAUCACUUGGAGCACAGCAGCAAACCGGCCACCAUGUCGAUGGGGUUGGAGAUCGGUGGAGUAGCCUUGGCGGUGCUGGGCUGGUUGUGCAGCAUCAUCUGUUGCGCGUUGCCCAUGUGGAGGGUGACGGCCUUCAUCGGCAACAACAUCGUGACGGCCCAGAUCAUCUGGGAAGGGCUGUGGAUGAACUGUGUGGUGCAGAGCACAGGGCAGAUGCAGUGCAAGGUCUACGACUCCAUGCUGGCCCUGCCACAGGACCUGCAAGCCGCCCGCGCCCUCCUGGUGGUGGCCAUUGUCUUGGCCGUCCUAGGCUUAAUGGUGGCCAUUGUGGGCGCCCAGUGCACCCGCUGCGUGGAAGACGAGAGCACCAAAGCCAAGAUCACAAUCGUCUCCGGCGUCAUCUUCCUCCUCUCCGGCGUCAUGAACCUCAUCCCUGUCUCCUGGUCGGCCAACACCAUCAUCCGGGAUUUCUACAACCCGCUGGUGAUCGAAGCGCAGAAACGGGAGCUGGGCACCUCGCUCUACGUGGGCUGGGCAGCCUCUGCCCUCCUGCUGCUGGGGGGGGCCCUGCUCUGCUGCUCCUGCCCCCCCAAGGAUGACAGGUACCCCACCGGCAAGGUGGCCUACUCUGCCCCACGCUCCGCAGUCACCAGCUACGACCAGAGGAACUAUAGCAGCCCGCACAGCCCGCUGAUGAGCUACGAGGCCAUGAGCCUGGAUGUGCAGCACCUCCUGACCCGCCUGGGCAUCAGCAAGUGCAUCCUCCUGGGACACAGCAUGGGCGGCAAGACGGCCAUGGUGCUGGCCCUGCAGCGGCCAGACCUUGUGGAGCGCCUCAUCUCCGUAGACAUUAGUCCUGUCGUAACCACACCUGUCUCCGAAUUCUCUGCCUACAUCUCUGCCAUGAAGUCUGUGAAGCUCCCAGAUGGGCUGUCACGCUCUGCAGCCCGCCAGCUGGCUGAUGAUCAGCUGCGUCCAGUGGUCCAGCUCCCGCAGCUGAGACAGUUCCUCCUCACCAACCUGGUAGAGGUGGAAGGCCGCUAUGUCUGGCGAGUCAACCUGGAGGCUAUUUCCCACCACUUGGCAGAUAUCAUGAACUUCCCUGUCUUCCACAAGCCGUAUCCUGGCCCUGCGCUCUUCUUGGGGGGAUCCAACUCACCCUAUAUCAGCCCCAAAGACUACCCAGAGAUUCAGCGCCUCUUCCCCAAGGCGGAUGUCCAGUACAUUGAAGGUGCAGGCCACAUAGUCCAUCAGGAUAAAUUUGAAGAAUUCAUCACUGCUGUCCUCAAUUUCCUGCCACCACCAUAG